AUGCCAGGCCGGUGCGGCUUAGCAGCCCUCUUUGGGCAGAGCGCAGGUCCCCUCAGACUGGCCACACAUUCGCGUCGAUGGCUAACGUCCUCGGCGGGGCAGUCAUCGCCCAGCGAACAAACUCCCAAGCCAUACCGUAAAGCAGCUGCAACGCCGCUUCGUCGGACCGCUUCUGCAUCUCUCCCGAUCCGUUCGAACCCCACACCGACACGGAGUGAUAUCCAGCCCAUUUUCACGCUCGCGACUGCAGAGCGCUACUUGUUCUCCCGGUUGCGGGGACGCCUCCCCGCGGCCUCCCAGCUCUUGCACGAAUCGUACUGGGUGCCCAAGUGGGGGUCCGGUGGCAAGGAAGGUGAAGUGUUCGUCUUCGAGAACGGCAGCUUCGUGUGUUGGGGUCUUGGAGAGGAGGAUGCGCGGAAGUUUGCCAGCGAGGUGAUAACCAGGGGCACGGAGAUCGGGCACCUCAGGGAGGCGGAGACAGAGGAGCUGGACUUUGUGAUGGAUCCUACAGAACAGACGCGGCUUCAGGGAGAUCUGAUUAUCUUGGGUGAUAGUCCGCCUUUGAGCUCUGCGCAGUCACUACCGGAGAACCUUCCGCCAUCUGCUUUACCCGCGGAGACACUGCUUGCCCGCUAUGCUUUCUCGCAGGCGCUGUCACGCUCUACGGCUUUGUCGGCACUCGAGGUUGCUCUCGACGAUUACUUGUCAUCUGUCGCCGCCCUCCCCCAUUCACUGGAAACCACAGGGAAACCUGGACUUGGGCGCACGGCCUUAAUUAAGAAGCUUGGUCGAUUGAUGAAGUUCCGGCAAGGGCUCAAUCUUAAUCGCUCCAACUUCUCCGACACGCCCGAUUUCUACUGGGCCGAACCUGUACUGGAAGGUUAUUUCAAGAGGCUCAGUGACGCUUUGGAAGUAAAGACUCGCACCAGCUCAGUCAACGACAAGAUCACGUAUGCAGCUGAGGUACAAUCUGUUCUUCGGCAACUGCUGACUGAGUCUACGGCCCAUCGGAUGGAACUCGUCAUCAUUGCUCUCAUCGCCGUCGAAGUUGUAGUGGCCCUUAUUCGAGAUGGGCCCGAACUCUGGCACAUGAUCGUCAGCUAA